AUGUUCAUGUAUACCUUCCAUCUCGAAGAACCACACCUCUUCUGGGACCCAUCGUGGUGCGCCUUAGGAAAUUUUGUGCUUGAAGCGGGACCGGAUGAUCGUCGCGGAUAUUACUAUUGGGAGGAGUCCAACAUGCAGUUGUGGAAGUUCAAGGGCGGCGUCGCGACUUUACACGAGUUUGUCUCGGGGGAGAUAUGGUUCAACGAUGGCCUUUUUUUCGACGCGUUUGAAAAGAUCGAGGCAGAUCAUUCUACUUCUGAUCUCGCUUGUUUUGCUAUCCGGGCAGUCCCUUAUUAUUCAAACAGCGCCAUCCGCAUCUUUAUGCGUCGGCUGUCCUCAUGA